AAAAACAAUUAUUUGUUUCAGACGUUAAAAAAAUCACUGACAUGUCAUUCUACAGUGCUCAUCAACUUGCUCUAGCGCUUGAAGGACUUCAACGGGCUCUUGACGAGAUAGGAACAUACUCGGAUAUUCUUGAAGAUGCUCUUCUUAUUGCCUGCAAUGUUCCCAUCGCGGAAAAAACGUCGAUUUUGAAUGAUUUCCAGAAAGCCGACACAAUCAACUACGGAGGUCUAGCAGCUGCUAUUCGUGCCAACCUGGCACCCGAUGUAUGCGAACGACGGAUCACAGAAUUCCAGAAGAAAUAUGCACACGGGACAGAUGCUCAACGGCUGGAGCUUCUAAGCGAUGAAUCUGUUUGGCGACUGGAAGCUUAUGAGGCGUUUGCCGACGCUGAAUACACACCGACUUUGGAGAAAAUCCGGUUGGGUGUGAUUGGAGGACCAAUAGAUUCGAUUGAUCCGAAUUGGCCACUAAGAAAAAUUGCUCCAGAACGCUUCUUGAAUGAUCGAUGGGCUCGGGCUAUUCACGAUCCCAGACGGAUACGACGAAAGAUCAUUGGACACCGUCUACCAUACAGAAUGAAAUCCGAACAAGGUGUGCCUUACGGAAUUCCUAAACAAGCUAGACUCGCUGCUCGUGAAAAUUCUGGUCCAGUUCGAGCCCCAGCGAUCCUUGGAGGUGCUCACCCGGGACGAUUUCGAGCUGGAGGCCCAACGGGUGUCGGAGUUGUUAGUAGACAUACUAGACAAUCUGGAGCAGCUAGAGGUGUUCUUAGAGGACCAAAUGGAAAUAGAGUUGUUCCUCUAUUCCCUGUACAAAUUCGAGCAAGACCCCCUGCACCUACCCGAACAAUCAUUCCUAGUGAAGUACAGGAAACUGAGCGUGUAAAACUGGAACCUACGGAUAAUUCAUACGAAGAACAAAAGCCACCUCUUCUAGAAAACUGAUCUCUUCUACAUGUCAAACAAAUCUCAAUAUUUGAUCUACCUCUCGAUAAUAAAUUUUCGUUUUGUUUUAUAAGUUGUAUUGACACCAAUCGACGAAAAUGAAUGAGAUAAACUACCAAAAUAUGCAAUAAAAGAUGAUAAUUCCAAAA